AGGAGUGUGGGAAGAGGAAGGAAAAAAGAGAGCGAGACAUCGAGGGGUAGAGAAAGAUGUCACUGUCUCUAAUCACCCUGUCAUUUGGGUUUUCAGCAGGCGCUGGGCGAAGGAGCUGCUAGAACAAUGCUGAGGCGAGAGAGGUGAGGAGCAUCUCGAACAGGUGAUCGCAGAAGACCAGGCCACCUGGGCACCCCUCUGCCUCGGCCCAGCCCAGCCCAGCGCCCCAAAGACAGUGGAGCAACCAUGGCGACCAAUUUCAACGACAUCGUCAAGCAAGGCUAUGUGAAGAUGAAGAGCAGAAAGCUCGGGAUCUACCGCAGGUGCUGGCUGGUGUUCCGGAAAUCCUCCAGCAAAGGGCCCCAGCGGCUGGAGAAGUAUCCAGACGAGAAGUCCGUAUGCCUCCGAGGCUGCCCCAAGGUGACUGAGAUCAGCAACGUCAAGUGUGUCACUCGUCUCCCCAAGGAGACCAAGCGGCAGGCGGUGGCCAUCAUAUUCACAGAUGACUCUGCACGUACCUUCACCUGCGACUCAGAGCUGGAGGCGGAGGAGUGGUACAAGACACUGUCCGUAGAGUGCCUGGGGUCGCGGCUCAAUGACAUCAGUCUGGGAGAGCCUGAUCUCCUGGCUCCAGGGGUGCAGUGUGAGCAGACAGAUCGCUUCAAUGUCUUCCUGCUGCCCUGCCCCAACCUGGACGUGUACGGGGAGUGCAAGCUGCAGAUCACCCAUGAGAACAUCUACCUCUGGGACAUACACAACCCUCGCGUGAAGCUCGUCUCAUGGCCCCUCUGUUCCUUGCGCCGCUACGGGCGUGAUGCUACGCGCUUUACUUUUGAGGCAGGCAGGAUGUGUGAUGCUGGAGAAGGACUCUACACCUUUCAGACACAGGAGGGGGAGCAGAUUUACCAGCGGGUCCACAGUGCCACCCUGGCCAUCGCUGAGCAGCACAAGCGGGUACUGCUGGAAAUGGAGAAGAAUGUGAGGUUGCUGAACAAGGGGACUGAACACUACUCAUAUCCCUGCACACCCACCACCAUGCUGCCCCGCAGUGCUUACUGGCACCACAUCACAGGUUCUCAGAACAUUGCUGAAGCCUCCAGCUAUGCUGGUGAGGGGUAUGGGGCGGCCCAGGCCAGCUCUGAAACAGACCUCCUCAACAGAUUCAUCCUGCUUAAGCCAAAGUCCAGCCAAGGUGACAACAAUGAGGCCAAGACUCCUUCCCAGUGACAGCAGGGCUGGCGGGCAUUAAUGACUGCUGGGACGCCUGUUGUAGGGCUGACUGCAACGUCCUGUGGACAGCCUCAAGAAGCUACUGGCCAAAAGCCUAUGGACAGCAAGCUGUCCCUCCUUGCCCUCAAGGGUGAGGCUGGGCUUCAGCACAGGGCUGGCCACACCACAUGCGCAUGUGAGGGGCGAGAGCCACCGUGGACUAUAUACUGUUAAUGGUUUUAAUAUAUAUGGCUUAUGACCUAUUCUGUAUCAAUGAGGUUCCCCCCUCCACCCCUCCCCACAAACCAUACACAUUUUUUAAUGCCAUGACCAGGCAAUGGUCAAGGCUGUUUUUUGAGUAUAAGAGCAGCCAUUUUUGUCCUCCAUGGUACAGCCCUCCUGCUACCAGGACCUGAGGAGGGGGACAAUCAGAAGUCAAGGCAGGUACUGCCUGCUGGCUCUUCCUCAGCAGGCCGAGAAGCCAGGAAGCAGGUGGCUUCCUCGUCCUCUAGGCUGCCAUGGCACAGGAAGAAUCCAAACUUCCACUGCACCACGUGGCAGCCUUGCACAUGGGAGUUUUAAGCAGAGGUGACAUCUGGUUUUAAAAUGUAAUUUCUGCACAUGCUCCUUCCUGCUCAGGAGACUGAGAAGAUGCCCUCGGGGUGGGGUUACCCAUUACCUCAGGGGCCAGGCAGGACUGCUGUGGGGAGCACCCUGCUGUCCCCUUACUGACCAGGGGUAAACAGUGCCCCAGCAGAGAGAGCCCCUUGCCUUGGGCUCAGCCACCUAGUGCCAGACUCCAAAACCAAGACCUUCCCAUAUCCCCACAUGGUGCUGAGGCUCCCUGCUGAGAUGCAAUUAAAGCAAUUGAUUUUCUAGUGCUGGUAUUUAUUGACUACCGUGCAGAAGGGCUAUCUUUCUACUCACAUCAAAUCUUUCGUUGUGUGUGUUUUGUUUUUUAAUACUUUAGGGUUCUGAUUUGUGGGAACAGACCUUGUAAAUAACCACUAUUCACAGCUGUGGCAGGAUGAUGAUAAAAAAGAGGCCCCCUCCCAGAGGACCCUAGAGCAGAGCAGGGAAUUGGCACAGCCAGCCCAGCUCUGUGACCCAGGGCAUGACUACCCAGGGUAAGCUAGUCUGCAUAGACUGGGCCUACCAGCCUUGGGAGGGAGGCAGAGCUGGCUGGCUCAGCUAGUGGCACGAUGACGCAUGAAGGAGAUUACGUUGUGCUCUUUAUUGCCAAAAAUAAAAACUUUUAAAAAGACAA